ACAUACGUGAAAUAAUUUAAUUGGGAAAUGUUAAGUCUUUUCAAUAUUUGUUUUAUUUGUUUGAAAAACAACAGAAAAAAGGAAGUUAUAUCUAUAUUAUAUUUAAAUUAUAACAGAAAUAUGUAAUUAUAUCAGUUAGUUCCAUAUUUUUCAUCGUUUAUAUCUAUAUUUUUAAAUAGAAAUCGGACUUUAAUCAACCCCUAUAUUUCGGCGAAAUACUAAAUGUAAAAAAUUGACGUGCUUGACAUGCAAUUUUUUUCUUCAGUAUGAAAAAUUGAAAAUUUUGUAUAUUAUAUCGUUGUAUGUUCGUGCUCAAUAAAUUAAUCGACAAUGAAUAAGAUGCCAAGAUACCCUUCAGAUUGUAAAGUCUAUGUAGGAAACUUAGGAAAUGGUGCAACAAGACGAGAAUUGGAAGAUGCUUUCUCUUAUUAUGGAUCUUUAAGGAAUGUAUGGGUAGCUAGAAACCCACCUGGAUUUGCUUUUGUGGAAUUUGAAGAUGCUAGAGACGCAGAAGAUGCAAUAAGAGGACUUGAUGGGAGAACUAUAUGUGGAAGACGAGCUCGUGUGGAAGCAUCUAAUGGGAGAAGAUUAAGAGAUAGAAGUUAUUUCAGAAGAGGUGUAGGCAAACUAUUUCAUCCUGAAGAUAGGUGUUACGAAUGUGGUGAAAGAGGUCACUAUGCUAGAAAUUGUCAACGACAUAGAAAUACUCGUAAGAAAAGAUCCCACUCCAGGUCUUAUUCACGGUCAAAAUCGCAAUCAAGGUCACGGUCUCGCUCACGUUCGAGGUCAAGAUCAAGAAGCAAGCAUUCACGAUCAUCAUCUCGUAGCCGUUCUCAUAGUAGAAGCGAUUAUACUAAAGAGAAACUUUGUAAUAAACGGCGAUCUGAUUCUAAAGAUCAUAGUCCGCCAAAUCCAAAUCUGUUUCUAGAUAUCACAGCAAAUAAAACGAUGUAUAUUCUUUAUUUGAUACGUGUAUGACCAUCAUUUUUUAUGUUAUUUUAUCAAUUAAGCUCUUUUGUGGCAAACUUUUUCUAGCCUUUCGAAAUAUGUACAUAUUUGAAGAUACCUGUGAUACUUCUUGGCACAAAAGUGCUACUUUAAAUAAUUAAGAUAUUGUGAUUGAUUAGAGAUGGAGAAAACAUUAUUAUUAAUAUUACUAUACAUUUAUAGUUUCUAUAUUUUUUAAAUGUUCAAGGUGUAUAUAUAUAUAUAUAUAUAUAUAUACAUAUUUAUGGUCCUAAGUGCAUCUGGAUCAGUCUGUAUAUCACUAUUUAACAUUUUAGUUUAUGGCCACACUAUAUCCCUUUCAUGAACAAUACAUUUGUUGUAAUUUAAAUCAUAUAUUGCUUUCUAAAAUCUCCUUCACAUUAUAAUAACAAAAAUAGAAUCAUCACAAUAAGUUGAUUACAUACUCUUAAAUGUAAGAUGUUGCACACAGGGCUAGUAGAAUUUUUAUACAAUUUAUGUAUACAAGAAAAUGUUGGGCAUACUAAGAAACAUUUGCAGUCUUAAGAAGUCUAGACACAUAGAUAUAUAUACUUACAAUAUUUGACAAAGAGUGAGAAAUGGUUUUAGGAAGUAAAGCAAAAUUAUAGUUAGGAGAUUAGUAACAAAAAAAAGAAUAUAUAUACAUUUAUACGUAUGCAAAUCCUAUUUGCACAAUUUUAAACAAGAACCUAAAAAUGAGGUUUUUGCAUGAAAUUAAAAUAAAUGUGACUCUCAUGGA